AUGGCAACCCUCAACACCACCCACUGGAAUGAGACUACAUCCAUUUCCCAGUAUCUGGGCUUUCAAGUGCAAAAGAUUUACCCUUUCCAUGACAACUGGAACACUGCCUGCUUUAUUAUUCUGAUCAUAUUCAUCUUUACUGUGGUUUCUCUGGUGGUCUUGGCUUUCCUCUAUGAACUGCUGGACUGCUGCUGCUGUGUGAAAAACAAGACUGUGAAAGACUUGGAGAAUGAACCCAAUCCAGUCAGAGCAAUGCUGAACAGCUUCCGAAAGCGUGAGACAGAGGUGGUGUAG